CGUAAGUGUUGUUUUGCGGAUUUAAAAUAUUUCUUGAUAUUUAAUAGCCGAAUGGACAUGGAUUUAACGGCAUGGCUUCGAAUUUCUCUUGCUCUGGUGGCAUUACAGCUCUUGGCACAACAAGGCUAUGCUCUUAAAUGUCAGGCUUAUCAGUGCAAAGGUCUAUCGUCUGAUACAACUGAUUGCUCACUCAAAGCAAUAGAUUGCCCUAGUGGCAAGGACUAUUGUAUUUACCAGAGGCUUGUACCAAAGCAAUCGGAUGGAACUCUACAAUACGCUGAUGUGGGAAACUGUGCUUCGCAAGUCGAGUGCGAUAACAAUAUUUGCCUGAAAGCCAACAUGUCGGAUUGCACCCAAACCUGCUGCCAGAAAGAGCUUUGCAACGCACGUGACCCAAUACCGACUGAGCCAAGAUUGCCUUCAGGAGGUGGAGUCACGUGUUUUAACUGCGACAUCAUGACCAUAAAUGGAGUUAUGAACAAGACCACGUGCAACAAACCCAAGGAAGUCAARUGUUCCAAAUCACAAGAUCGYUGCAUCCGAGUCAAGAUGACCCUCGUUAACGASGUCGGGACAAUAAUUCCWGAAUAUCACGGGUGCGCCAGUGCGCAAUACUGCAACAAUAUCUGUAUUAGUGCCAAUAUAUCUGAAGGUGGAAAGCUCACUGCUUGCGACARAAAGUGCUGUUUUGGAGAUCUCUGUAAUAUUGAGUCCUCUAGUGGGAAUAGUUUGGCCAUUGAUGGCUUCYCCAYGUCAUGGAUCUUUGGUUUUAUGACUGUGAUUUUUUUUUCUGUUAUYGAUUUGACAUUGUAACCUAGACAGAUUCUUGUUCUUGAUUAGCGGUAUUCACAAAUAAUAUCUACUUUGACAUAUAAAUUUGUGGCAACAAUAUAUCUUUUUCAAUAAUGAUCAUUGCAUGCUAUCGAUGAAUGGUGCAUCUAUUUCGGAUCAAAAUUAAAGUGUUUUGAACUCAACUGGAGCCGAAAACAGUUAUAGAUCCAGCGAGACACCUACGGUUUAGUAAUCUUUUAAAUAUGUACAGCAAAAUUAUUUUGUUGAUUACUGUAUAAUUUUUGUUGAAGUGUCUUACAUAACAAAAGGUGUACCGUAUUCGCUGGUAUAUAAUAUAUAGUGAGCUCAUAGAAAUUGAAGAUGAUUAAAACGGUGGGAGGGCCAAGCCGACCUUUAAAUUCAAUAGAGUAUGUUUGAAUUGUUUAUUCAAAUUUGUACAGCUAAACCCAGAAACAAUUGCGGUCUCCGUCUGAAUGAGUUAAAUCCUAAUAAAAGGAGAAGGUUGA